AUGUCUGGUGAUCUAAAAAGAGCUGCAGAUGAUUUGGAAGAAACUUCCCCGGACAAUGUGGGUUUAACUGCUAUAACAGGUAAGAAAAUAAAGACGUUAUCUCAGGACCACAGUGUUGGUAGUGAACCUGUCUCUACCAUGGAAAUUAUUCCUUCUGAUUCAUACAAAAAAUAUAGAUCCCAAGGGUUUAAGGCAUCUGAUAAAGAAUUAAAUGCAACUCAGAUGCAAUCUGCCUUUGAGAGAGAAUUAUCAGAGCUGGAACAUGAAGCUCUUGAUAUUGCUGAAGAAGAUACUGGUAUAAAAGGCGUUGAAGCUAAAAACUAUCUAAGAACUGCACUUCCUUCCGACUUUUCUAGUGAAACACACGAUAUUUCAUUCCAGCAAAUUGAAGUUGAACAAAGUACAUUAUCUUAUAUUAAGGAUGAAGAUACAUCUACAGUAGUUAGGUUUUUCGGUGUGACAAACGAUGGUCAUUCGAUACUUUGUAAUGUUACUGGUUUCAAACAUUAUUUAUACGUGCCACAACCUGCAGCCGAUAAUGCAAAUGAUAAAAAUACCAGAGAUCGAUUUAUAAGUUAUUUGAAUGAAAACUACAACAAUUGUGUCAGUUCUAUUGAUGUGGUGCCACGUCAAUCCAUCUGGGGUUAUUCUGGUGAUGCAAAAAUUCCAUUUUGGAAAAUUUCCACAACUCAACCUAAUAUUAUUAACAAACUGAGGACUGGGUUUGAAAGGGGACACAUGACUUUUGAAUCUUGGUUUUCUUCUGGAACUACUACCUAUGAUAAUCUUGCUUAUACUUUAAGAUGUAUGGUUGAUUGUGGGAUUGUCGGUAUGUCUUGGAUUACCUUACCAAAGGGUAAAUAUACCAUGGUGCCUGAAGACAGAAGGGUGUCUACAGCCCAAUUGGAAGUUCUUAUAAAUUAUCGUGAACUAAUAUCUCAUCCGGCAGAAGGUGAAUGGUCGCAUUCUGCGCCAUUGCGUAUACUAUCAUUCGAUAUUGAAUGUGCUGGUAGAAAAGGUAUUUUCCCAGAACCUGAACAUGAUGCAGUUAUCCAAAUUGCUAACGUUGUUUCAGUAGCUGGUAGUAAAAAGCCGUUCGUAAGGAACGUUUUCACUGUCAAUUCAUGUUCUCCUAUCACUGGUUCUAAGAUAUAUGCGCAUGAUAAAGAAGCAGAUAUGUUGGCACAUUGGCGUGACUUUAUAGUGGAUGUCGAUCCUGACGUGAUUAUUGGUUAUAACACCACGAAUUUUGAUAUUCCUUACUUAAUUAACCGUGCAAAGGCUCUUAACGUCGCACAAUUUCCUUAUUUUGGUAGAUUAUCCAAUGUAAAACAAGAAAUUAAAGAAACAGUUUUUUCUUCCAAAGCAUAUGGUACUAAGGAAUCCAAAGAUGUAAAUAUCAAUGGUCGUUUGCAAUUAGAUUUAUUGCAAUUUAUUCAACGUGAAUACAAAUUAAGAUCGUAUACAUUAAACGCAGUGUCCGCUUAUUUUUUGGGUGAACAGAAGGAAGAUGUUCAUUAUAGUAUUAUUACUGAUCUACAAAAUGGUACCAGUGAAACCAGAAGAAGACUGGCAGUAUAUUGUUUGAAGGACGCAUACUUACCUUUAAGAUUAUUAGAAAACUUGAUGGCAUUAGUUAAUUAUACAGAGAUGGCUCGUGUUACAGGUGUCCCUUUUUCAUACUUGUUAGCCAGAGGUCAGCAAAUUAAAGUUGUUUCCCAAUUGUUUAGAAAAUGUCUAGAAAUUGAUACAGUAAUACCUAACAUGCAAUCUCAAGCAACAGACGAACAAUAUGAAGGUGCGACCGUUAUUGAACCUAUUCGUGGUUAUUACGAUGUACCGAUUGCAACUCUGGAUUUCAAUUCCCUAUAUCCUAGUAUUAUGAUGGCACAUAACUUAUGUUAUACAACACUUUGCAAUAAGGCUACUGUGGAAAGAUUAAAAUUGAAGAAGGAUGAAGACUAUAUUAUUACACCAAACAAUGACUACUUCGUGACAGCAAAGAAAAGGCAUGGUAUCUUACCAAUUAUCUUAGAAGAAUUAAUUUCAGCCAGAAAAAGAGCCAAAAAUGAUUUAAAGGCCGAAACUGAUCCAUUUAAAAAGAAUGUCUUAAACGGUAGACAACUUGCUUUAAAAAUUUCAGCCAAUUCCGUGUAUGGUUUCACCGGUGCAACUGUUGGUAAAUUGCCAUGUCUGGCUAUAUCUUCCUCUGUUACUGCGUUUGGUCGUGAUAUGAUUAUGACUACCAAGAAUGCUGUUCAAGAAAAGUAUUCUAAGAAAAAUGGUGCAGAACACGAUUCUAUCGUUGUCUAUGGUGAUACAGAUUCUGUCAUGGUGAAAUUUGGCAGUACUGAUUUAGGAGAAGUUAUGAAAAUGGGUACUGAGGCUGCUGCUUACGUAUCAACUCUGUUUAAACAUCCAAUUAACUUAGAAUUUGAAAAGGCAUAUUUUCCAUAUUUAUUAAUUAAUAAAAAGAGAUAUGCUGGUUUAUACUGGACUAAUACUGAGAAAUAUGAUAAAUUGGAUCAAAAGGGUCUUGCAUCUGUCAGAAGAGAUUCAUGUCCAUUAGUUUCUAUUGUCAUGAAUAAGGUUUUGAAAAAGAUUUUAAUUGAAAGAGAUGUAGAUGGUGCUCUUGCCUAUGUCAGAACAGUGAUUGAUGAUAUAUUACACAACAAAAUUGAUAUAUCAAAAUUAAUUAUCUCAAAGACGUUGGCGCCAAACUAUACAAACCCACAACCCCAUGCUGUUCUUACUGAGCGUAUGAAAAAAAGAGAUGGUAUGGGACCGAGUGUGGGUGAUCGUGUUGAUUAUGUGAUUAUUGGUGGUAACGAUAAACUGUAUAAUCGUGCCGAAGAUCCAUUAUAUGUGUUAGAGCAUAAUUUGCAAAUCGACUCUAAAUAUUACCUGAAUAACCAAUUGCAAAAUCCAAUCUUAAGCAUUACCGCCCCGAUUAUUGGUGAAAAGAAAGCAAAUGAGAUGUUUAUAGUUAAGUCCAUUAAAAUUAAUACAGGUUUAACUAAAGGUGGUUUAUUUGGGUUUGUUAAAAAGGUAGACGUUUGUAAAAAUUGUAAAAGCCCUCUAAAGAAGGGUGAAACUGCUCUCUGUGAAAAUUGUCAAUCUAAAUCAAGUGAACUGUAUAUCCAAGCUCUUUAUGAUGUACGAGAUCUCGAAGAUAAAUUUUCAAGGUUAUGGACUCAAUGCCAACGCUGUGCAGGUAACUUACAUAAUGAAGUGCUGUGUUCUAAUAAGAACUGUGAUAUUUUCUAUAUGCGUGUUAAAGUGAAAAAAGAGUUACAAGAGAAGGUUGAACAAUUAAGUAAGUGGUAA